AUGAAUGAAGAAGAGACUGGAUUGCCCGUGCCAUGGCAAGUGAAAUAUAGCAAGUCAAAGAAAAGAGAGUAUUUUUUCCAGCCAGAGACUAAGAGUUCGCAAUGGGAGGAGCCAGAAGGUACAGAUCAUGAGAAAUUGAAGAGCUAUUUGAAAGAGCAUCCAAUGCGAGUGAGAUGUUUGCAUCUGUUAAUCAAACACAGGGAUUCACGUAGAGCGGCAUCACACCGUGAGCCCAAGAUUACGAUAAGCAAAGAAGAUGCCAUUAAAGAAUUGAAAGAUUUGCACGAUAAAUUGAAGGACAUUGAAACGACGCACAAGGAUAUCAAGACAGAGUUUGGAAAAAUGGCCCAUGAGAGGUCCGAUUGUUCAUCAUUCAAGAGAAAUGGUGACCUGGGUUGGUUCGGUAGAGGUGAAAUGCAACCAAGUUUCGAAAAAGCUGCGUUCAAUUUGAAAGUAAACGAGAUGAGCGAUAUCGUAGAGACAGACAGUGGAGUCCACAUUAUUCUCAGAAUAUCCUGA